GACCCGGAACCAGAAAGGGAGACUGUAGUAAAUAUUGAAAUAACUGUGUGACUUUACUUGCGACAUCCUUUACCUUACGUAUACUAAACAAGUUUAUUUGCAUAGCGAUGAAUUGAAUUACCGGCACACAAAAAAAGAAAAAAAAAAACUAUUUUCUAUUUUUCUUUUGUUGUUGUUGUUUGUUUGUUUGUUUAUAAAUUCGUAGUUCUAGAUCUUGAAAAAAAAAAGUCAUAUACCUUGCUUUGGUACUGUAGAGCAAAAAAAGAAGCAGCAACGGGUGAACUAUGCACUACUUCUUCGUGUCUGUUUUUGUCGUGCUCGCAUCCAAUGGUCUUUUGAGCUGUUUGUGCGCCGGCGAGCAAGAUCGCCCUGCUCCUGAGACCCCAGACUGGAGAAUGACGUUGAAAACCAUCAGGAACGGUAUCCACAGGAUAGACACCUAUUUGAACGCUGCGUUAGAUUUAUUCGGAGGAGAAGAUGGGCUGUGUCACUAUAAAUGCAGCGACGGGUUCAAGCCUGGACCUCGGUAUAACUUCAAACCACCCCCACCUAAUGGAUGCGGAUCGCCUCUGUUUGGAGUUCAAUUUGACAUAGGCAUCCCCUCCAUGACCAAGUGUUGCAAUCAGCAUGACCGUUGUUAUGACACUUGUGGGAGUAAAAAGCAGGACUGUGAUGAGGAGUUUCAGUUCUGCCUUUCAAAGAUCUGCAGAGGUGUGCAGAAAACAUUAGGGUUAUCCCAAAGCGUACAAGCAUGCGAGUCAGCUGUGGGGCUGCUUUUUGAUGCUGUCAUGCACUUAGGAUGUAAACCAUACCUUGACAGUCAGCGAUCCUCCUGCAUGUGUCGGUAUGAAGAGAAGGUUGACCUUUGAGAUGAAGCAAAACAGCAUCAGCCAAGCUAUGCGAACUGCUGACAUUGUGCAGGAACUUGUCUUUUGAAGGAAUUUGAAUGUAUGUUUGAAUGCUGCUACUGCCAACUCAAGUACUUAAUUCAGGAGUACUUUCUGCAAAGAAUCACAUUUGUUUUAAUUAGUAAUUCAUUAAAUACAUGUAUGAUGUUCUGAUCUAUUGUACAUUUUAGCUUAAUCAUACAGAUUUUGGUUUUAUUCUUUUGUUUUGUGUGUUUGUUUUAAGAAUAAAAUAUUUUCGUUUA